GUCAUGAAUGUGAGGUAGAUGCAAUGCCCAUCUGCCCCCAAGCAUAUACCAUCAGUAUCCCAUUUGCCUAAGACGACUUUGAUUGAUUGUGUGUGACAGAAAGAUAAUUUUUUGAACGCGGUACACAAAAGUGAAUGGUUACUGAAAAUUUAUAAUAAUGAUGUUGUCGCUCUAACGUGUCGCAUGGUUAAUUAUGCAAUCGUAUUGCUAAAAAAAUGAUCAAACAGUCGCGUGUUGCCAGUAGAUCAAAAAUAACGCCAAAAAUUUAAGGGUUGUGCUGAGCGGCGACUGAUCCCCGCCGUUCGAGUAACAUAUUUGCCAUACAACUAUUGUUUGUACCUUGACGGAGAACCUCCUUGGAGCUGCUAGCUCCCCUAAGUAUUGAGUAACCCCUUUUGUAUUUUAUACACACACGCUGCACUACCCUGAGCAAGAGCUGCCUCUUUGCUUUUCGCACAUUUUUUAAUUGUAUUUAACAAUACUACAUUUUUUAAUCGAGAAACCAUGAAGAUCAGCACAGUAGAAGACGAACGCGUCCACGUUCUAAACAAUAAUUCCAACGUAUGGUCCAUAAUUCGUGACAUAGUCGAUACCGGCACUCAAGAAGACGCAUUUUACAUUUGCGACAUCGGCGACAUUGUGCAAAAACACAAAAUCUGGAAGUCUGCAUUUCCGCGUGUACAACCUCAUUAUGCUGUCAAAUGCAACGAUAGCCUUACUGUAAUUGAGGUUCUCGCCGCAUUGGGAACCAGUUUCGAUUGUGCCUCUAAAGGAGAAAUAAAUAAGGUGCUCGAAAUUGGUGUGGAUCCCAAUCGUAUAAUUUUCGCGAAUCCUGCAAAACCCAUUAGCCAUAUUCGACAUGCGGCCGAUGUGGGAGUUAAUACGAUGACAUUCGAUAAUGAAGUUGAAUUGCAUAAGGUUAAAAACUUGUUUCCUGAUGCCAAGAUGGUUAUACGUAUCAGAUGUGACGCUAAGGUAUCUCAGUGUCCUUUGGGCAUGAAAUUUGGAUGUAAUGCCGAGACCGAAGCCCCUCAUCUGUUACGAGUAGCGUCCGAGUUGGGACUCGAUGUUGUUGGUGUUAGUUUCCAUGUCGGUUCCGGUUGUGGUGAGCCGGACGUUUUUCGUAAAGCCAUCGCUCUCAGUCGACAAAUUUUUGAUUAUGCAGAAUCUCUGGGUUAUCGUUUUAAUCUAUUGGACCUUGGUGGUGGAUACCCCGGUGACCAUAGUAAUUCCAUUUUUGAGAUUGCAGAAAUAAUAAAUUGCGCUUUGGAAGAUUACUUUCCGGAUCCGUCUGUGCAUGUCAUUGCGGAACCGGGACGAUUCUAUGUUUCUUCGGCUUACACAUUAGCUUGCAAUGUUCAUUCAAUUAGAGGUGUUGCUACAAAGGAUCCUGUUACUGAAGCACCUUCGACUCAUUACAUGUAUUACAUUAAUGACGGUGUCUACGGAAGCUUCAAUUGUGUAUUGUAUGACCAUCAACAUGUCGUGGGUCUACCUCUGAAGGAGUACCCGCACUCUAAGUUGCAUUCAAGUAGUAUUUGGGGUCCGACUUGUGACGGUUUGGACCAGGUGGUUGAAGAAACUCUUUUGCCUGAACUACAUGUCGGUGAUUGGCUAAUAUUUGAAAAUAUGGGUGCCUACACGCUUCCAGUAGCAAGUCCAUUUAACGGUUUUCCUGUACCAAAAGUUCACGUAGUGGCUAACGAAGAUAUUUGGAUGCUUCUGAAGGAUAUUCUGCCUUUAACCGAGGAUCAUUUUGUAAUUGGAACAACUCCAGCUUCACUGGUUAAGAAUAUGAAUGUAGAUCGAGAAACUGAUUGGGUUUUACCAGACCUACCGAUCACCAUUACUUUACCAAUUUGCGGCGACGGUACCAUUAUUGAGGAACACGUUUUGGAGUAUGUGGACGUAUGUCCUGUAGCACAUUGACAUAUCAUUUUCUGUGUCACGAAUUUCCCCAACAUUUUUACGUUUUAAAUAAUUUUUGUUUAAUUUUUUCACUACAAUUUUAGGUUUACAUCAUUUUUGCAAUAACUAACUAUGAAUUAACUUAAAAAAUGGGAACAAUUACUUAUAAUAUUUUUCAAAAAUUGUACUUUAAGAUUUUAUAGUUUUUACCUUGACCUAAGAUAUGUGUAUCUGUUAAAUGUAGUUAACGAGGGGCUUUCUAUGUAGCAACGCUGUCGAUUUUUGCUGUGAAAAUUGACACAAAAUUAUUGGGAAUGUAAAAUUAAUUGCCAUAGAAAGCCUAUUUGUGAAAGUAAAGGGGCAGCUUAAGCUUAUUCAAAAUAAAAAUCAUCAGGAUAGUCUAGUAGAUUUCUUCAAUUAAACACAAAUCUACUAGACUAUCUUGUUUGCUUCGAUUAUCAUAGAGUAAGUAAAUUGCUUGCUCUACGAUUACGCUUGACCAUUGAUGUAUGAAUAAAUUAUUAAUGUAA